AGACAGUGACUGGCCCAAGACUGUCCAGUGGGCUUCAAGGCUGAGUGGGGACUUAAAUCCUGACACUCGGAACCACCACACCAUAUCAACACAUCCUUUCAGGAUCUUUGGUGCUGCCAGACUUUAUAUGACCUCACAGGAUCAUAGCAUGAUCUUUUACAAUAUUGGAGUGAGCUGUGACCCUCAGCUUGGUUGAUAACUGGAAUCUCAUGUCUUGGAUCUUGGUAUGUUCAGGCUUUGACAUAACAUGCUGGCAACAAGGACAGCAUUUACUUAGUGCCUGCCAACAAUCCAUGCUAGGUAGGGUUGCCAUCUUCUUUUUAACUGGCUCUGUGGCCUGGCACACAGAAAUUAAGCACUUCCUGGUGAGAGAGGAAGUAAAUGGGAAAAUUCUAAAUUUCUGUUUUAAAGUCACUGGUAAAAUAAAGCGGCAAUUUUGUGUAAGGUACCAUACAGAAUAUAGAUGUGUCUCUACUCGUGGGUUUUACUGCCUAUAUUAGUCAGAUUACACAAGGAUGGGGAAAGCAUGAACAUGUCACAGGAGAAGAGUCAGAUUUGCACCAGAGGAGAGGUUAGCUGAAAAUAAGGAUUGGUGAACAGCUGAUGCAUUUCCUGGAGAUGGUUGCUAACAACUAAGUUGACAAAGGCAACGUGUCAUGGUGGCAGGGGAGUCCGGGAGGUUGCACCAGAGCAUCCCAGAAACUGACUGCCUGAACACAAAUUGUGUAUUUGUCAUAGCGGCUCUCCAGUAGGGAGCAAAGCAGGAAGAAAGUGAAGAUGCCAUUCUUCAAAUCCGCCUCAAGCCUCCGCUCAGAAGGCAGUGAUGUGGACCUGGAAGGCCUUGCCGAAAGCGAGUUGGCCAAACUCCAGCGUCAGUUUCGUCUCUUAGAAGGCGACCGUCAUGCCUAUUCAUUGGAAUCCCGUGAACUCAUUCGCAGACAGAAGGCAGAGAUCAAGCGUCUGGAGAAGGAGAACAAAGACCUACUGCACAGGCAAACUGUAGCCGAGGGCCGUGCCAAUGCACAGCAGGAGAAAGUCCAAGGUGACACUCUCCGUUCCUUGUUGGGACAGCAGGAUGAAGUGAAGCAGCAAAUAAUCCAAGAGAAAAAACAGAUAGCCGAGCUUGAUAAAGAGAUCCAAAACUGCCAGAAACGUUUGGCUGACCGAAAGCAGGUAACAGGCAGUGGGACCCUCAUCCAAGAACAGAAGGCCCACCUGCUGAAGAGGAUAGAGACAGUUGAGAAUCAGCUUGACAGGGCCUCCUCAGAAUUCAAUUCCCAGCUCAUCAUGAAUUCACAGCUACGUGAGGAUCUAGAAAUUCUCCGGGAUGGACAUGAUCGCUUUGAACAGCUUUAUAAACAUCUAGAGAAGGAGCUGCUGGAUACUCGUAAAGCCAUUGGAGCCAUUAUCACCACAUCCUCUGCAGCCUAUGAUGCAAGGGAUGAGGCACAAACCCGCCUAGGCCAGCUGCAGGAGAAGGCAAAGAAGGAUAUAGGGCAGUAUGAAUCCGAGAUGAAAGAAUUAUGCCGCCUCCUAGAGAAUGAUCGCCGCAUGAGUGAGUUCAUUUCCAUCAAGCUGCAGGAGAGGAUGUUGACUGAGGAGGCGUUGAAGGCCAAGAAAAAGAAAGAGGAAGAGUCCAAACGGAAAGACCCUGAGGAGGAGAUGCUUGAAUCUUUCCACUCCACCUUGGAUCAAGUCCUGGAGCUCACUGACUCACCAACCUUGGAUGUCGCAUUGGAUAAAUACGUUCAAGGGGAGGAACGGAACUUUGCUCAGUUCAACUACGUCAAUGAGCAAAACAAUCAGAAGGAGCAACUUUGGGAACAAAUCAAUGAGCUCUGCCGCGAGAUAGAGGAAGUACGGAAGCAGGAUGCCCAGAAGGACACAGAGCAGCUGUCACGGCUAAAGGAGGUUGAAGCUCAGCAGGAGGCAGCUGUGAAAGAGGCAAACCAGACCGAGCUGAUGCUGAAGCGCCUCUGCAAGAUUUGGGAGCAGCUCAAAAAUGAAAUCGAGUCUGUCUUCUGGAAACUGCAGUGUGACUACUCAGUACUGGAAAACAGGCUGGGAGGAUCGACAACUGCUCGGGAUGAGAAUGUUGCGAUCUACCUGGGCUUGAUUGAACAAAAAACCAACGAUCUGUUGGCUAUGUAUUCCUACUCGAUCGCUGAGGAACAAGAUCAGCCAUAUGACACUGUGGAGACGGCACAAUUUCUUCUGGGGCAGAAACCUGAGGUUCAGCCACACCCAAUCAACAUUCGGCCACCCACUACUGGACCUGGUCAUGAGCCAAUAGCUGAAGAAGACCAGAGACCCUUAACACAGGCAGAGCUCAAAGAAAAAAUCCUGAACGAUAUCCUAAGCAAGGCGGCAGCACUUUCUCUACAGAAAAACACUCAAUCCGAUAUACCAGCUGAGCGUUCUGGAUCAAACGCAGCCCAGAAACAGCAACAGGACUCUUGACUGGAGUAGGAAUCUUUCUGUGUUUGGUCCUGUCGCAUUCCCAUGCCAUACAAAAGACAGAAGCCAUUAUUGUCACUGGCAGGGUUGUGUGACGGUGUGGUCCCUGCACUGCUGCCUUUACACCAGUAGCCUCUACAGCCUUGUUCACAUUUGGGAUGAUUGGUAUGCCUGGAUGUAGCCUUCGGUCUGCCAUGGAUCCUGGAAGAUUGUCCUCCUUCUGGUGAAACUUUCCUCUUCUUGAUGGCUCACUUGAUCAGGACAGAUAUGCUAUGCUGAUGGUACAUUAACACACGGUACACCAUAUUAACAAAGCACUUCACUUCCAUAUUGCCCAUUUGCUUAAAUUCUCCUUAAUUUGACUCCAGAUCCUCUUGCAAAGAGAGAACGUCUUUUUAAAAAACCCAGCUUUGCCUAUUGUAAUGAUAUAUUGGCCUGCAACCUCUCCUGUAAAGGAAUCUAUUCCUUGGGUCUCCAGUUUAGUGAGCUGGUUGCCUUCUGGAGCAAAAGUGCCCAGCUUCUUUCCCUAAAAAGGCCUUGCAUUGGACAGUAGGUGACUGAAACUCACGCUGUUCCCCUAGGAGCCAUCUUGUGGCAGAAAAACAGCAUGUUAGGUUCCUCAUGCAAGAUUUGCCAGUGUCUAGUGAAGUCUGAUUCGCUCUUAGACAAAGUGGUUGAGGCCCAAGAAGGGUAAAGCAUCUGGUCUGCUGUGUGAGAGGGAAUGGGGUGUGUUCAAAGCACUUCUUGGCCACAUGUUUUAACGAGUGGUUUUUUUAAAAAAACCAAACCACCUAGCAUGUUCCUCAGAAACCACAUGGGUCUCUAAUAUGAGACUGUGUCAGUUCCACACAGCACCACUGCUAAACUGGUUUCGUGAGUGUAUAUGUGAGAGUUUUGAAGAUGACAUGUGAGCAUGUACAUGAAAUUCUAUUUUUUACAGUGCAUGAGUGAGGAGCAGUUUCCCCCAAGGUGUGGUUUUUUUUUUUUUUAAAAUGUUAUUUUAGCCUUGAUUUUAGCAUGAGUGUUUUUAUUUUUUAAAAAAACUCAAUUAUUUCAACAAGGGUGAUACCCCCCCCUAUUCUCCUCAUCCCCAACCUUCCCCUGUAGUGCCUCUAAUUUAGUCUUUGUAACAAUGUCCCCAGAGAAUAACCUUGGGGAAUACAUUCCUCUCCAAAAGAUAAUCAUCAUGGAACAAAUCUUGAUAGUUUCUCUGAAGGAAAAUGGAUGCAUUAUUUUGAUCCUGCCAUUCCCGUGGGCGUGGAAUGUGGGGUGGUGUGUGAUGGGGAGGGCAUAGAAAUGGGGCCUGCUAUCAGAUGGAGCAACUCAUGCAUAGUCCCUGUGACAGGUGGGAAAGAAACUAUCGCGGUUUUUGAUUAUCAGUGUAAAUCGGAAACUAAAUGAUUAAAAACAUUUAA